AGAUUCGAGCUGCUAAUCUCAGUGGAGACUGUACACUGAUGAAUGAAAUAGCCAGGUUUAAAUUUGGAUUGAAAGGACACCAUCAGACUUGCGUACGAGACAGAGCAAUUCGUUCCAUUCUGGCUGUUAGAAAAGUUAGCAAAGAAACGGCAGAAAAAGCUGUGGAUGAAGUUUUUGAUGCCUGCUUCAACGAUCUGGAACCUUUUGGAAGAAUCCCGCACAGUAAAACAGAUGCAAAACGUGCUUAUAGAGACUUUCAGAACAGAGAUCGCUAUAAUGCUAAUUUGUAAAGGAAAAAAACAUGAAAAUUAUGUUAAUAUCUGAUUGUUCUGUAACAUCUGGAGUUACAGUCUAUGCACACAGUGCUGGUGGAGAGGGCAAUUCUAUCAAAUGUAUCAAUUAGUUUUGUAAACUUUUUCCAGGAGCCAACUUCCAUGGAAGUAAAGUAAAUGAACAAAACUAAAAAGCGUGUUUCCUCACCUGUUAUUCCAGGAAGAUAAUUUAGUACACCAAAUGACUUGUCAAAUAAUGAUCUGCAUAUUUCAAUGCACAUUUAAUUCUG